AGGAAGUGACUCGAGAGAGAAAUGCAGCCCCUCGAGCCUGAACGCCAGCAGCACACUCAUGAGCGUGCAUGGGAAGCCCUGGGAGCAACGUGCCCAUUGCUGGCUCUCCACCAUGAUGGGAGGAAAAUGUCUGCUUCUUUAAGAAAACUGCAGCAAAUGGCUAUUUUUAUGGGAGUGUUCAGCACUACGGGAUGCAUAGUUAUGUACACUCUCAUGCAAAAAAGUUUUGCCAGGACCCAGUAUUAUCAGCAGGCUUUGGAGCAACUGAACAACAACCCUGCUGCCCUGGAAGCCCUGGGUGCUCCCCCUCUUAAAGUUCAUAACAUUCGACUGACAGAUGGAAGUAAUCGCGUGGACAGGGAAAGAGCACAGAUAAAGUUACCAGUGUCUGGAACCAAAUCAGCAGGGUACCUCUACAUUAAUUCAGAAAUGGACCAUUCCCGUUGCUGCUGGUGCCUCCAGGAUGUCACCUUGAAGCUCCGAGAUGGUCAGAAUAUUCCAGUUUACCACUCCUCUGUGGAAAGCAUCAGCAUGCAAGAAAGCUAAAAAUCAAAAGCAGCUGUUUCUCCACCUCCCACUGAACCAAAGAGCCAUUAAUGGAUUGCAUCAGGCUGCGCACGUGGAUGUACACUGUUGUCACAAACAGACAAUCUCACUUAAGCGGGUGCUCUGAAGACAUUUCUCUAACAUUGACCUCAUCAUUGCCGUAGUUGUCAUUUCUUUGGUUUGUUGGUUUAUUUCUCUGUACAGCAGAAGCCUAAAAUAAAGAUUUUGCAACAAGA